GCCAAAACGUUUCUCGUGUCGGUUUGAUACCUCCUCUGUCUCUCUCUCUCUCUGUCUCUGUCUCUCUCUCAGUCACUACAUAAGCACUCUCUCUCUCUCUCUCUCUCUAUGUCGGUUUCAUCUCUAGGUUCCUUCAAGUACCAUCGUCACUGAUUGCCCACUCCAUUCCCUCUCUCUCUAUCUCUCUCUGUGAGAGGCGCGUAAAGUUUUUCGUUUUCCCGCUCAGGGGUUCGAUUCGCGAUCACCCAUCUCUGUUCUUCCCUCUGUUUUAGAUCCAAUACAUCCCUCUUGCUCUGCCUCCUCGUCUAGUCCCUGUUCUUGAUCUUGUUCUUGAUCUUGUUCUUGUUCUAGUUCUUGUUCUUGGGUCUUCUUCUCCUCGCGAUCGCGACGGUUCUUGGUCCUUGCCCGGAUCGCGAGAGUUUUCUUGCGGGUACUGCUCGAGCGAGCUCGCGCUCUUCUUUACCUGGGAAGAAAAAGGAGCUUUGGAGAUCGGUGAAAGAGGCUAUGGAAAUGCAGGACGCGAGUGACAAGGGAUCGGAGUCGCCGGGGGUAGCUUCGUCGGAGGAGAGCCACGUGACGGAGACCAAGAAAACGUGUGCUGAUUGCGGCACCACCAAAACCCCUCUCUGGCGUGGCGGUCCGGCUGGCCCCAAGUCUCUGUGCAACGCGUGUGGGAUCAGGAGCAGGAAGAAGAGGAGGGACCUUCUGGGCGUAAGCAAGAAACCCACAGAGGACAAGAAGCGCAAGAAGAUCAACAGCCACAGCCCGAGCAACAACAGCACCGGCAACCGAUUCGGCGAUUCGUUGAAGCAGAAGUUGCUGGCUUUUCUCAGAAAAGAAGUGAUGAUGCAGAAGAAAUCCGCUGUGCCGUCAUCGUCGUCCUCAUCGACAUCGAGCCUCGAGAGGCAGAGGAAGAAGCUGGGCGAGGAAGAGCAGGCGGCUGUGCUGUUGAUGGCCCUGUCUUACGGCUCUGUUUAUGCUUAAUAGGGUUAUUAGGUAGUUGAGAGAAAAAAUAAAUAAAGAAAAAGGAGGGGGAAAAAAGAGAGAAAAAGGGAAAGGGAGAAAGAAUCAAGAAUGUCAAAUUGGCAAAAAAAAAAAAGUUUUGGGAGGGCUACUUUAGGCGCAAGUCUAAUUAUGUUCUGGGGGGAGUUCUUGUAUUCUUUUGACCAGCUGUUUUGACCGAAAUCGAGAGGAGAGAGGGAGGAAAGAGAGAGAGACGCCGAUAAGUGUAAGAAGUUGGAGGAGAUUUGAUGUCUUUUUGUUUCUCUGUUCUGUGCUAACGUAAUAUAAGAGUUGUCCAAUUUUCAAUUA